CAGUAGCUCAGUCCAUAGGGACUUGGGUUGGGAACCGGAGGGUCGCCUGUUCAAGUCCCCGUCCGGACCAAAAUGUGGAGCGUGGACUGGUAGCUGGAGAGGUGCCAGUUCACCUCCUGGGCACUGCCGAGGUGCCCUUGAGCAAGGCACCGAACCCCCCAACCGCUCGGGGCGCCUGACCAAGGCAGCCCCCUCACUCUGACAUCCCUCCACUUUGUGCAUGUAUAGGUCCUGUUUGUGCAUGUGUGUGUCUUUUGGACCUGUGUGUUAAUGACCUCCUCCAGUUUCCACCCCCUGUUCUCUUCCUGUGUCCCCCUCCCUCGCUUUUCCUGUGUCCACCUCCCUGCUCCACCAGUGUCCACACCCUCUGCUCCACCAGUGUCCACCCCCUGUUCUCUUCCUGUGUCCACCUCCCUUGCUCCACCAGUGUCCACACCCUCUGCUCCUCCAGUGUCCACCCCUUGUUCUCUUCCUGUGUCCACCUCCCUUGCUCCACCUGUGUCCACACCCUCUGCUCCACCAGUGUCCACCCCCUGUUUUCUUCCUGUGUCCACCUCCCUUGCUCCACCAGUGUCCACACCUUCUGCUCCUCCAGUGUCCCCCCCCUGUUCUCUUCCUGUGUCCACCUCCCUUGCUCCACCAGUAUCCACACCCUCUGCUCCUCCAGUGUCCACCCCAUCUUCUCCGUCAGUGUCUAUCCCAUCUGCAGUGUCCGGCUCCUCGCGGAAAAGAAAAUUAAGAAGGAAUGCAGACACUAGUGAAUGCCCCCAUCUUCAUGAUGAUGAAAAUAACUCUUUGGAACCAUACACUGUAAUUGUCCCAACAGAAAUAAGUCAAGGGCUGUGUCGAGGUGUUGGUGCAGUGGCAACCUUGCUCUGGGUGUGGUACAAAGUGGAAAAACUCCUGGGAGCCAAAAGACAACGUUCAAAUCUGACACCAAAAUGUGUUGCUAAAUUGUUUGUUUCCAGUGUUGGGAAGGUAAUAAAAAUGUAUUAAGUAACCCUAUGUAUUAAGUUUUACUCUCCAACACUGUGUGUCAUUGUGUUAUAUUGUUAUUGUUGUUGAGUUGGAUGCAUUUCAUAUAAUUUCUGACAAGCAUCAGCUCUGUUAAAUGAUUUUAUGUAACUGCUUUAUGAAGUGCAUAACCUCAAUUUUCAUAUCUGGAUAGAUAUGUAAU